AAUUCAGCAACAAAAAGAAAUGGGGAAAGUAAGCAUGGUGCAGUUAAGCCCUUGAAAUGAAGGAAAGGGAGAGCUCCUCCCCCCUGCCUGGGGCACCCAUCAGCAACUGAUGCUGAAGGCCAUGCCCAGUGCCGGGCAGGGCACAGCUGCAGUGGUUGUGCAGGCAACUCCAUGAGCUAAGGAAGGCUGAAGGACUGGUUAGAGUUUCUUUUUUCAAUCUCUCUAUUUCUUUUCUAUUUUAUCCGAGUUUAAAAGUUCAGUUUUUGUUUGUUUGUUACUGCUAAAUGGCAUUUAAGUCAUAUUUAGUUGGAAUGUGGCUUAGUAAAGUGCAGCUAGGAAGGAAAAAGUAUUUACUGAAAAGGGGGAAAAACAAUCCCUGGCUGCACAGACACCUGGUGGACUUGUAUUUGCAUAAAGUGUGUCUCUAGCCUGGAAAAAGAUCUAAAUUGAAAGCUUGGAAGCAAGCACUUGCAGAUCAUUCUGAUUUCAGUCUGUGCUUGGUAGAUUAGACUGGCUCUGACUUACAGCAAUGGAAGUUUGGGGCAAAUGCUGCCUUUUGACUGCUCUUUUUAUUUUCUUUUUCAAUCCAAAUAUCUUCUGAAUCUAAUAAAUGCUAGAAGAAAUGCUCAGACUUCUGAAGAUGUGUUUCUUAUUGAUAUUAAUGAAUCCUGCAGAGAUUACUCACAGUCAGAAUUCUGAAGAUUUGCCUCCGUUAUUACACAAAGCUGCGGAGGAAGUAAUGACUGGGAAAUACCUAAAUGCUCUCCUCGAUAUACUUCAUUUUCAGAGUUCUAAUGUAUGGACAGCAGAUAUGGUUAUAAAAGUCAUGGCAUAUUUCCAUGCCCGAGAGGUUAAGUUUACUCUUCGCAGCCUACAGACAUCCAUACAGAAUUACUUGAAGAACCUUUUAUACCAGCCCAGGCAGCUGCUGUCUGCAUUUCAACAACUUGAUCAACAGCAGUUCCAGACUGCAAUGAAGUAUCUCUUCAACAGCAGAAAGGACUAUCUUGAAAUUGGAAAUGUUAUUCUUGAUUGGGAAAAAACUCGGGAGCGAAUUUUCCAAAUUCCAGGAGUGAACAGAACCUUGUUUCUUAUAACACUGGAGAAAUGCUUUCUGGCUCUGAGGGCUAUGGACUGUGUAGAUAUCCUAAGCCAGAUUUUGCGAAUGUCAGCAGUGAAUUAUCUCCAACCUGAUGUCGUUGGGAGUCUCCCAAGUGAUCUGCAGGAAGACGUUUUCAGAAACUUAUCAACUGUAUUUAAGGACCUUUAUGACAGAACCUCAGCAAAUACACAGAAAGCUCUGUAUGGCUGGAUGAAGGAGAUUCUACAGAAACCCUAUAACAGAAGUGAUUUCAAUGAAUCAGCUUCAUGGGUCAGUGCAGAAAAUUUAUGGAUUUUAGGAAGAUACAUGGUCCAUCUGCCUUUGGAAGAAAUUCUGAAAAUUAGUCUCAGUGAAAUAAGACUAUUCAUUAGCUACGACAAUGCAACAAAGCAGUUGGACACAGUGUAUGAUAUCACACCAGAGCUUGCACAAGCCUUCCUGGACAGAAUAAACUCAUCGGGAUUUGAUGUGAGAAACACUUCAACUGUCUACAGGCUAGGUUUGUUGGUUUGCUUUUAUGAUGACAUGGAACAGAUGGAUGCUGCUGUGGCCCGGGCUUUACUUCAUCAAAUGAUUAAAUGCAAUCAAUUAAAAGGUUUCCAGGCCAAGGUUCAGAAGCUUAAAUCUCAGCUCCUGAAUAUUGCCGUGCAGAACCAGACAUUGAAUGAUACCCUUGGAUCGCUGUCAGAUGCUGUGGUUGGGCUGACUUCAGGCCAGCUGGAAUCUUUGUCACCUGAAGCAGUGCAUAAUGCUAUUGCGACACUAAACCAAGUCUCUGGGUGGGCAAGAAGCCAAGUUAUGAUUUUAUCCAGUAAAUACCUCUCUUACGGAAAGGUUUUAUCAUUUUAUAAUGUUAGCCAAAUGGGUGCACUGGUGACUGGUAUUAGCACUGAGUCAUUCUACAGAAUGAACCCGAAAGAGCUUUCUCAGGUCAUUCGAGGCACAACAUCCCAGUACUCAUCAGACUUAUCUCCUGCACAACAGCAGGGGAUCCUCAGGAAGAUAGCUUCAUCUACAGAUUCUUCUUCACUGGUCACAGAUAUACAAGGAGCUUUCUUUAGAGAAAUAUCUCUUUCUGAUUUAUGGAAGGAGAAUGGAUAUAAUUCUUCAAUGAUGAAAGAAAAAGAGCUAAGAAGCAGCCAGGCCUUGUAUCUGUAUGAAUUACUGUCUAAGAAAAGUUCUUCUGUUGACCUCCUAAGUACAGGACAGCUUCUGAAAGGAGUGACUUGUCAGCUGAUUGAAAAUAUGGGCACAGCCUCUUUUUUAAACCAUUUCAAAAUCUUUGAAAAUAAUCUUCAUCUGCUUUCCCCGUAUCAGGUUAAUUGUUUGGCUUGGAAGUUUUGGAAAGUCUCCAAUGCAUCUAUUCCUCCCUUCUUCUUCUUGGUGCUUCCGAUUGAGUACCUGGAGUACAUUUCAGGCCCUCUGUGUCUCCCUUUCGUUGAAAGCCUUGGGAAGACUGAGAUGGACCUCUUGAGUCCAAGCUUUCACAAAAAAGAAACUGUGCUGCAGAAAGUGCAGGAAUGCUUGAAUGGCUCCAUUGCUGAUGAAUAUGAUGUUGACCUACUUGGAAAUCUAAUCUGCCACUUACCUCCAGCUUUUCUACAUGGCAGAAUGUCCCUGAAGGCAAUGGCAACAGCCCUUCAUCAAUUCAAACUCUGUCGACAGCUCAGCCAUGAGCAGAAGACUGAAAUUAAAUACAAGCUCCUUGAGUUAUAUGGCUCUCCGAAGAACUGGACAGCUGAAACAACAUUAGAUGUUGGACCAUUCAUAGCUCAGUUGUCAAAAGGAGAACUAAAUGUCCUUGCUGAAAAGUUUCCAGAUAUCAUUUUGCGAAUAGCAAAGACAAUCGGACCACUUUCUUCAGCUGAAGAGCUUCUAUCAACUGUAUUUGAAUCUGUCUUCAAUGCCACUGCCAACAUGGAACCACAUCUCACCACACCAGAUUGCCUGGGAACCAGAGCCCCUUCUUCAGAUGAAAUUAUCAAGUUAGCAGAAGCAAAUGUCUAUUGGUCAGCUCAGGAACUGAAAUGCAUGGAUGCAGGGACUUUUGACAAAAAUGUGGAACUUCUUGGGACUGUCUCUGGUUUUAACAACUCCCAACUUAUGGCCUUGAAGGAAAAAGCCAAGCAGGUUUGGGGGUCGCUGCUAGGCUGGAAGAGCUACCAUAUUGUUUCUCUGGGACGUAUUGCACUGGCACUCACUGAAAAUGAAAUUGAAGAGCUAGAUUUACAUUCAAUUGACACCAUUUCUGUCCUCAGUCAACAAGCAGAAUGGACUCUUGCCCAGGCAAGAUCUAUUUUGCAAAGUUUUCUAGAAGAUUCUGGGCAAACAAUGAGUACACUAAAAAGCUUUGAUUUAGUUGGAUUGGGAGCUAUUCUCUGUGCUCUGAACUCCACAGAAAUCAUGUCCAUAAGGACAGCUGAAUUCAGUGCUGCUGUUGCAAGAAUUGGCCUCUUGCUGUGUAGCACCCCUGUUCUGAGGCAGUUUAAGAAGAUAACAGAGUCUGUGUUUGGAACUGCGACCAGCUGGAAUGGCUCUGUAUUACAGGAAAUUGGUACUAUAGCAGGUGGAUUGAGUGAGGAUGAAUUAAAAGCUUUUGAUAAAAACCUGAUGCCGUAUUUCCAGCCAAUAGCAAUAAGAAGUAUACCUGCUGAAAUUUUCCAAGCAUUGUCAUCAGAACAAAUAGCAAACCUGGGCCCUGAAAAUGCUGCUAUGGUUACAGAAUCACAGCGUGAGCAUCUGAGUGCAUCACAGCUCCAGAGCCUUCAGCUGGCACUGGAUGGAGCCAGGACCAACAGCCCAGAGGCACCCACCACAGCUUGCAUACCGCUGUCGAGGCAACCCCCAGCUCCAGGUGGUGCUCCCAGUCUGAGCAGCUUCAGCAUCUGGUUGUGUGCUUUGUUCACACUUGCACAUGCCUUUCUAAAUCCAUGAAUCUUAAGCCUAUGUGUUCUGGAGGUUAUGAAAAGGAGGUGCUGAAGAUCCGCAGCUUAGCACAAAUAGCAGAAUGAAGAGGUUCUCAGAUGCCUGAGUGCAACCUGGUUAAUUUCUUAAAAGCAACGCCUUCAUCUGGCAUCAUGAUGUGAAAUAUCUCCUUUCCUUUACCAUUAACAAGUAAGAUGGAAUCCCUCCAAAUACUUCAGAACAAAUUUCAAAAUUGCAAAUGCCUUACAUGUAUCAUGAGAAAGUUACUGAAAGAUAAGCUUAUAUGUUAGAGAGAAGCCUGAAUGACACAGAGGAUGGGCAACUGAUGUAUUUUAUCCCAAUCCUUUUUAUUCUGGUUUACUGGUCAUGCUAUUUUAAUCCACCUGUUGCAUUUUCUUCAUAUAGUUUAUAACCUCAGGACAGAGGCUCUUUCUGUAUGACAUAUCAGAAGCCACACUAAAAGCUACUGCUGUUGCAAUAAAAUAACUUCAUUUCUGGGACAGCAGUUUAAAUCCUGCUCAGCUAAGAAGUAGUCAUGUGAUCUUAUUUAAGCAUUUUUAAUAAAUGUAUUCCCCACAGCUGCAUGUAUACAACACAGAACUGUUAUCACAGAGGGCAGUGCAGUACUGUUUGUGUUUGAUGUGACAAAAUGCACCAUGGAAAGCUUAUUAUUUUCAUCACAAGAUGACCCUCCACUUUGGUCAGGGUUGAAGGAUACAGCUAGAAACUGUAGGAGAAAACUGUUCACUGGGACUAUGUACUACUAGGACUGUCAAUCCAGCACUUUCCACAAGGUUUAUAAUUUAUCAUAAGUAUAAAUCGUAUAUAGUUUGUGUGUCUAAUGCUUUUCAUGUCAGAUCUAAGUAUUCUAAACUAUGGAAAAACAGAUAAAUUAAAAAUUCUCUGCAUGUAAAUAUACUUUUGUGUUCAUCAGCAUGGUUUUAUGCCAAGAAUUCAUGGUACCAUUUUCCAUUUUGCCAUUGCAAAAGUCCUUAUUCUGGAAUUAAAAAAAAAGAUAUUGAUCAGUCUUAAACGGUCAGCUUCUCCAUUUAGGGCUGUGCUGUAGUAAAUGUUUUUCAGACUUUUAUUUGUAUUUCUUUAUGGCAAACAUCAAAUCUAGCUUCUUUGCACUGAAAGCAGAUUUGAAAAGUUGCUACAGCUGGGAAAGGAUAGGAAUAGGGCAGGAGAGAAGCAGCUGCAGCUUCUUGCUGGGGAAGGGUGAGCUUUUGCUGUUGCUGGGAGUAACAGCUCCCACCACAGUUCCAGAUGGUCUGUAACACCGGCAGCAGCAGCAGCAGGAGCCAACCUGAUUUUCAGGACUCUGUUACUGGCAAAGGAAGCAGUGAGAGCAUUGCCAUUUUUCACCCCUUCUUGUUCCAUCUUGCCCUUUAGCAAUCUGCUGCUUUAGGAACUGCCUCUGACUAUCUCUAAUCCUAGAAAAUGUGACAUGAUGUUAAAACAAUACUACAUACAUUGCAUUUUAUGAGCGAAGAACUACUGGUGCUGCAAGUUGCCUUUCAACUUUUUCUCUAGCACUAAUGGUAAAAUAACAGCUUUUUCCCCACUGCAUUUCCUUUUCUGCAUGUAAACAGUAGAUUGUGGCCUUUCUUUAAAUAGAAAUAAAUCCCAGCAAAUACAUGUGAGCACCCACUAAAGCAAAAAACGCUUUGAUGGAUCAAACACAUUAUACUUAUCUGUUUUCUCAUUUUAAAAUGUCCUGCCUCAUUGAAAUGUGAAAGCACUAAAAGGUUGUCUGGUUUCCAUAAAUUACUUGACUUUAAUUUUGUGUACACUUCUGUGAAGAUGCAGGAGAAAUACUGUCAUAAUCAAGAAGAGACAGCAUUUCCAGUUCAGCUGUGAAAGUCAGAUACGUGACUGUGCUAUACCAAGUGCUUCAAAAAUCCAUAUGAGCUGAAAAUAAUCUUCUGUCAACGUACCUGGGAGUGAUUCUGUCUGCAGUUAUGUGAGUCAAGAGUUCAGCUUUUAAUUGGAGCAGGAAUGAGCUCUUUGUUUUGUGCCAUCUGUGCUGUAAUUUCUUUCAAGCACAAGAGCUUUUGA